AUGUCAUGUGGGAUUAGGCUUCACGGUCAAUACCGUGAAGAUCCACACGAGGGCGAGACUGUUGCCAACGCCCCCGAAUGUAUUAUACUGUCUCUUGGGUGGAGAGAAAAGGUUAUGGGUAUAGCCCUUCAAGGGCUUUCGAGUCCGGUUGUGGUUAUUACCCUAACCACCGCAUGCUCCGAACGUUUCUCAUCCCGGUGGAUCAAGGGAGUUUUUAGGGGAUACCCCACUACCUGGUACCUCUCUUUAGUAGAGCGACUUGGUGUCGAACCGUUUGACCGUAUGGACACGGGCACUUUGUCCGUGUUGGCGACGGCUCAAAUCUGCUACCAAUUCUAUGCUGAACCAGAUCCACACGAGGGCGAGGCUGUUGCCAACGCCCCCGAAUGUAUUAUACUGUCUCUUGGGUGGAGAGACAAGGUUAUGGAUAUAGCUCUUCCAGGGCUUUCGAGUCCGGUCGUGGUUAUUACCCUAACCACCGCAUGCUCCGAACGUUGUAUCUAG